CAGGUUUCCGGGAGUUCUUAAGCUAGCUGUCUAGAGGGCACAGAGAGCUGUUGGGAUAUGGCCUAGAUGAGGAAUGUCCUGGUAGAAGUCACCAUCGUAGGCUAGGUUAUGGAGUUGUAGGUUGGGGACAAGGGGUUUGUCCUGAUGAGAGGCAGCCAAGGCUUCCAAAGCAAAGGUCUGACGAAGGACUAAGACCUCCUGGGUGCCCUCUCAAGACCCUGCUCACCUCAAGGUAAUGCUGGCAGUACUCAUGGGAUCAGGCACCAUGCUGACUCUCUGAACCCAAGUGUUUUCCACCCUCCUCUGGGGACACAGCACUUAAUGCUUACUGGUCACCUUGAGGCUAAAGAGUCAGCAGAGACAAGCCAUGUUAGAGGAUCUGAGUCAAGGAGGAGGGUCCAACCAUGAGAAGAAGAAGAUGGAGACCACAGUCCAGGUCCCUGGGGAGAGCAGCAAGCUUCAAGAGGUUGUGGGGCUGCAGAAGCAGAUCUGUGACCUUGGGACAGAGCUCACCAGACAGUCAUCUUGGUGGUGUGUAGCUCACAAAGACCUCCAAAGCCAGAUAGAUGCUCUGAUAAAGGAGAACCAGGAGAUCCGUGCAGAACUAAAGACCUUGAAGAAGCAGAAGGUGGAGGCCACCAAAACCUCUAAUGGCUCGCCAACUCCGGCAAGGAAAAGCAACACUCUGCCAGUGUACAUAAAGAUAGAGGGAAUUGAUUCCGAGAGGACAACAUCGUGGGAUGAAAGGGAUGAACCUUCUGGAAGUCCUCAAAACGGAAGUACAAUGGCCACCGGAGGAACAGACUCCCUGGAUGAAAGGCUGUCUUUUACAUCUUUAGAUGAAAAGGUUAUACGCAUGUCUUCCAAAUAUCUGCAGAGAGGCUUCGGCAGGAGGUCGCCAGAGCUACUUUCUGACAGCACAUUCCUGGACACAGAGUCACUGGCUGAUAUCUGGUCCUCCAAUCCAGAGACUUCGGAAGGUGAGCUUGUCCUGCAGGCUCGAACAAGCAGGAUCUUCCCUUGUUUUUACCCGAAUACACUGUGGCUGCAGAAGAGUCCAACAAAGUCAAGAGCUCCUAAAGAAAUACCACAAACCUCAGACACUACGAAAGAUGAUGAGACACAGGAAAAGCGACACCCAAACGGCAAGGUGGAGCAGUUGCUCAGAGACGGGCGAACUAUCAUCACCUUCCCCAAUGGAACCAGGAAGGAGAUCAGUGCUGACAAGAAGACCACCCUCAUCAAGUUUUUCAACGGAGACAUGAAGAAGGUCAAGUCUGAUCAGAAAGUGAUUUAUUAUUAUGCGGAUGCUCAAACAACACACACAACCUACCCAGAUGGUGUCGAAGUUGUGCAGUUUCCUAACAAGUGGACCGAAAAAUUCUACCCGGAUGGCUCCAAGGAAACCGUGUUUCCUGACGGGACAGUGAAACAGCUCAAGGAUGGAUGUGAGGAGACGGUGUUCCCUGAUGGGACAUUUGUGACAGUGAAAAGGAAUGGAGACAAGAUCAUCAUGUUCAGCAACGGACAGAAAGAAAUCCACACAUCCAGGUUCAAGCGGAGGGAAUUCCCAGAUGGCACCACCAAGACUGUGUAUUGCAAUGGCUGCCAGGAGACCAAGUAUGCCUCAGGGAGGGUCAGGGUCAAAGAUGAGACGGGAACUGUCAUCCUGGACUGGAAGUAGUGCAUCCAACAGACUCAAUGGCAGGCAGUAAGCUCCAAAUAUAGUUUUGACCAAAACAGACAAAGCAACUCACAUCAGUAGAUUCUCCUGACAGUCCUGGAGAUCCCCCAUGCAUGGAGGAGUAAAGAGGCAUCCAAAAAUUGUAAAGAAAGAGACCAUGUAGCUACCAUCUUGGGAGAGAGGUCAGAGAAGCAGUAGCCAGAAACGAAACCCUGGGCAUGGCUUCUGUGGCCUUGUCCAGACCAUGCCUUCUGUCAGAGUCUGGCCCUGGAGCUGAGGGUACAAGGGAAGCAGUGUAACCACUGCCAGCUAAUUCCUGGGAGCAGCCAUUAACAACAGCCAGCUCCACGUUUUGCUUGGCCAACGCCUGCCUGCGUCUACUUCUACCCUCUUUUAGAGUCCUCAUCAAUGGGAUCCAGGGCAAUGUAUCUUCACUGGUGCCUGAUGUAUGAAUAGAUGUGAUUUAACCAUCCUGAA